CAAAACUCUCGGCUAUAAGACGAACCCCCCUUUUUGGAAAAAAAUUCCCAAAACUGAGUAAAAUUUUUUGCAAAAAUCGCUCGGCUUAUAGGCAAAUAAAUAUGGUAUUAUAACAUAUUUUGAUGUAAAUGACGCAAAGUGGCCCAAAAUGGCUUCCUUGAAGGAUAUUCGCACUGAAACAACUGCCAAUGCUUGUUUGUCUUGGCAAAAUUUUUUAGUCCUAUUACUUUAAAAUGAUCUCUGUAGUCUCUGAAUUAGAUUUACUGUAGCCAUUGCCACCUGACCAUAAAAUCAACCAAUAAGGGGGUAUCUGGUCAUCUCGCCACCAGGGAAUUUUGCCACCAACAAACUCGCCACCAAACACCAAGAGGAAAAUAUACUAGACUAAAGUAGUCAAGGUGUUUUACAGCUGUAGCUGUUCGAGUGACUACAAUGUCAAUCGACACGUAAGUUUGUUAGCUUGUCUGUUUGCAACUUUUGAUGUCAAUGUGUUGUCGGUGACAUGAUACAAUAUGUGUUCCGUUGUCUAAUGAGAAACAAUAGCUUUCUAGAAUUCAACUACAUAUUUCUUUGAGAACUGACUGUGUUGUUAUUGCUCAGUUGCUUUGCUGCUGCAUUUGCAUUUAAGCUUACCUAAGUGUUUUAUAAAAGGCUUCAGCUAAACGAUCAGACAACUUCAACCUUACAUGAGCUGUGUGAGUUAUACAGCUACACAAAGUAGAAUGAAGUUCAGUCUCUUCAUCUUGCAGUUUACUGUUAUUAGAUUGUUAGUAAUUUGGUGGUGAGGGGACUUUGCUUGGUGGCUAGUUCGUUGGUGGUGAGACUUCCUGGUGGCGAGGUGACUGGUAAUCAACAAGGGGGUGUAUUAGAUUCAAAUUAGCUCCAGCUAUAUAACAAACAUAUGCUGUUUAGUAACUGGGUUCCACUGCACUGACAAUGAACAGUGCUUGAAAUUAGCGGUCGUCCGGUCAUCCGAGACGACUAAAGACUGGUCAGGACCACCAUUUUUCUGUAAAAUUAGAGGCCUGGUUGUCUGAGGAAAAUAACACCGGACAACCCAGGAGAAAUUGAAGUGCUUACCAUUACUUUGAAGUCCAACCGAAUAACAAAAUAAAGGUAUAUAAAAGAUUUAAAUCUGCUGUUUUCGUUCAUUGACGGAAGCUGCAAACCGCCAUGUUUUCACACCCAGGCCUCCCUGAUACCUUAUGGCGCACAGGUAAUCAUUCUUUUCUGAGGCAAAGUACUUCGCAAGUUGUCAAAUAUACAUUUACAGGUAGGAAAAUUCUGGUAAUUAAUUGGGGCUGUCAGAGAUUAGCUAGCCAGUUUUUCUGGGUUAUGAACCAGGCCAUUAUUUAGAGUAAAUAGAGCCAAGACAAACAAGCAUUGGCAGUUGUCUGAGGAAAAUAACAAUGGAACAUCGAGGAGAAAUUGAAGUACUUACCAUUACUGUGAAGUCCAAUCGAAUAACAAAAUAAAGGUAUAUCACAGAUUUAAAUCUGGCGUUUUCAUUCCUUAUUGGACGAACUAACGCGAAAGUGUGAACAUCCUGCUUGAAUGAUGUUUCAAGGAAGCCAUUUCGCACCACUUCACAUCAUUUACGUUUAUAAUUAAGCAACAAAUUAUACAAUAUUUUAAGGGCAACCAAGCAGUCAUCAGGACAACCAGAGCAAGGGGUUAGGUUGUCCUGCACUUGGAAUAAGGACAACUUGGAUAUUUUUUCAAUUUUGAGCACUGCUACAGUAAUACAAAUUUAUACUCGCUUCUGGUAAUAUUUGCUGCAAACCAUCUAAGGAACAUUAAAAACAAAAUACUACAGAAGAUUGCUAGUUUUGGUUUUGCCUGAUAACUCAGAUCUUGGCCUCGCUCUUUCUAUCUAUACUAAUGCAGUAAGCUAAUUAUUUAAUUUGGCAUAGACAAAGAUAUGGCUUGUGGAUGACUUUACAUUGGGAAAGUUUUAAGAUAUUAUGUUCUGGACAUAAAAACUGCUUUUGCAGUGUCUAUCAGUCUGACUAGCGAUUUUUAUCAACCGGGUUUAGAGCAAUAACAUAACCAGAACAUUUAAACAACAAUAUUAAGCUUAAACAUAAAUAACUCAACACUAAACAGUUCAAAUUAACAUUAGUUUAGAUCACAGCAAAAUAAAAAUGCUUCCCUUGCAGUCAAAUUUCUAGCGUCACUGGGUAAACCUUGUCAAAUUCACAAGAAAAAAGGCUAAUAUUGCCACGCACUAAAAUUAAAACAUGUCCAACAACUAGAGACUACAGGAAAUAAAAAUAUUUAGACAGUAAUACCUGAAAGCUUUUGUGUUGCACGAUACUUAAGCUUACAAGUUUUAUACACUUCAACAAACCAAGUCGGUACAAACUCCCGCAGGGGUGCUCAUUGUACCUUUACUUGAUUUGCACGUAAGCUCAUAUGCGUAUCUUAGAUGAAAAUUACUAAUACUUUGACAGAGCGAUCAACAGAGAAAAAGUCACGGUGAGAGGACAUUGCUAAAUGUAUUCACUUACCAAAACAUUUGAAGAAGGCGCUUCAUCGAAUAUCCUUAGCAGCUGAUCCGGUGUAAGCGCACUUCUUGCCAUAACCCUUGUCCAAAAUAAGAGAAUUCAGCGAAGGCCGCAGAGCACUUCCGUUUUCCGCUGUAUUGCUUUCCCUUCCGCCAUCUUUCUUUCUGUCGAAAAAAUCACGUGACAAAAUAGCCCCGAGAAGAUGCAGAGUUCUCACAGAGAUUCUAAUUGGACAAGAGAUGAUGAACCAAUUGGAAGUCUUCUAAUAUGUUUCACUGCUGCCAGCGUGCUGGGAUUUCACAGAAAAUGAUGUAAUAUUUUCCAACGGUUGUACAUCCAGAAACUUGCUGAAUUUUCCUUACUAUUUUUCGUUUCGCCUUGAAACUAAUCAGGAAAGCCAAGGCUAGACUGAUCACUAUGCCCACAAGUAGUUCAUUAGCGAAGAAAUUCACCAUUCUUUACGGCUCACAGACUGGUCAGGCUAAGGCGAUCGCUGAGGAGAUCCACGAGUUUUCAGAACACCAUGGUCUUCUCUCGAACCUAUUCUGUCUCAGUCUAACCGAGAAAAAGUUCACCUUGGAAAAAGAAGCCCUGGUUGUGUUCGUAGUGUCAACGACUGGCGAGGGUGACCCACCAGACACCAUGUGCAAAUUCUUUAGAAGAUUGAAGAAGAAGACUCUGCCUGGUAAUCAUUUGGAGAGUUGUCGUUACGCUUUGCUGGCACUAGGCGACACCAACUACACAAACUUCUGUAACAACGGGAAGGCCCUGGACAAGAGAUUACUACAGCUGGGGGCUCGACAGAUAUACGACACUGGUUAUGCUGAUGAUGCAGUUGGUUUAGAAUUGGUUGUAGAACCAUGGAUUGAGGGGCUGUGGCCAGCCUUGAGAAGCCAUUUGGGCCUUCCACCAGAGGUUGACUCUCAAUCAGAUGGCAAGACUGCAGAUUGUGAAGUUAGUCAUAUCAUAGAUCCAAUAGUUAUUGGUGAGAACAAAUCUUCUGAAGUUACUACCAACGAAAUCUUAGAGAACAGCAAUAGAUUUUCUUAUAUGACAGAUGCACGCGAUGAUGUUAGGAAUGGUCAUGAUUCAAACUUGCAAGACAGAAGUGCUGAUGCCGUGUUAGAACCAACAGUCAUGGUGAACUCUGUUGAUGAUCAGAACACAUUGGCAGUGGGUAACAACAAUUCUCAAGAUGACAGUGCUGCUGUUAUUUCAGUGCUAACUUUAGCAGACCAGUUAAAACAAUCUGUUCCACCCUUAUCAGCUAGUGUGUUGUCUAUACCUCAGGUUCCGCCCCCUUAUUUAGAGAUCAGUUAUCACCCUGAUCACAACCUUGAUUGUACUAUGUUACCACUACAAGGUGGUGCUAGCUUCCCAAGUGCAGUGACUGACAUCUCCAUGGCAACUGUGGUAUUGGCAAGGCAACUAACAGACAGUACUUCCAUCAAGACUGCCUUAGACCUAGAGCUUGACAUCACAGGUUGUAAUAUGAGUUAUGAGCCUGGGGACUCUUUUGGAAUUGUCUGUCCAAAUGCAAGUGCUGAAGUCGAAGAACUGAUAAUGAAGCUGGACUUGGUAGAUAAAGCUGAUGUUCCUUUCACUAUUCAGCUUACAACCUCAACAACCAAGAAGGCAGCUAGUGUGCCAAAUUUCAUUCCAGAGUUUUCUACCAUCAGGCACACACUACUAACGUGCUUGGAAAUCAGAGGUGUCCCAAGCAAAGCUCUUAUAAGGGUCUUGGCUGAGCACACUAGUGACCCUCAAGAGAAAAGGCGACUUCAAGAAAUUUGCAGUAAGCAAGGUGCAAGUGAUUAUACCAAGUUCAUAAGAGAGCCUGGAUUAUCCUUGUUGGACCUUCUUAAUGCCUUUCCAUCCUGUCGACCUCCAUUUGAAAGGCUGCUUGAACUUGUUUCACGCCUGAAGGCACGUCCUUACUCAGUGUCAAGUUCUCCCUUGGAGAAUCCCAAUCAUCUACAUUUUGUCUUUAACAUAGUAGAGUUUCCAGCAAUUAAAGGAGUAAGGCCGAAAAGACAAGGUGUUUGCACGGGCUGGCUGGCUGAGAUUACCAAAGCACAAAGAGAGAAAACAAACACAAGCAAUGACAAGCUCACUGAUGACUUAUCAAAACUGACUUUGCAAGAGUUUCCAAAAGUGCCAGUCUUCCAGAGGAAAAGUCUCAAUUUCAAACUACCAAGUGUUCCGGAAACACCAAUCAUCAUGAUAGGUCCUGGCACAGGAGUAGCACCAUUCGUAGGCUUUUUGCAGCACAGGGAACACAUGCAAAAGAACACAAAUGUGGCUCUUUCCGAAUCAUGGCUAUUCUUUGGCUGCAGGCACAAGGAAAGAGACUACCUCUACCGAGAAGAACUUGAGCAGUUCUUGUCUACAGGUGUUCUGUCACGUCUGUUCCUCUCCUUCUCCCGUGAUACCAUCAGUGAUUUGUCUGGGAAACCACCACCAAAGUAUGUACAGGAUAACUUGAGAAGUCAUGCUGCAGAGGUAGCUGAUCUGGUGUUCAACAAAGGAGCAGUGGUUUACAUCUGUGGGGAUGCUGAAAACAUGGCAAAGAAUGUGUUUGAUACUUUUCUGGAGAUUGUUCAAGAGCACAAGAAGGUAGACAUCAAGGAAGCAAGACAGGAAAUGAUGAAGUUGCGUGAAAACAAGCAAUACCUUGAGGACAUUUGGACAUGAGCAGCGGAUCUACUGUGAAAGGAGAUGGCUACUUUUAUUACCUUGGAUGGCAAAGUUCUAUUCUGAAUUCUACAAACUGUGCACUAUGGGGGCAUGAAAGCCAGCCAUAAAGACAAACCCAGAAUGGGAAAAAUAACUUUUUUCACCUCUUUGUAGUGGACAAUUGAAGGCUUCAUUAUUAGCUGCACAUGCACAUAUACAUGUACAUGUAGGUCAGUCAGUCAUCAGUCAUUUUAUCACUAUGACUGCAGUUUUUUGUUUUUUUUUAACCUCAUUGGGGGUUUAAUGACCAGGGUUCACUCCACUGUACUUUUAAUUUAUCAGAAUGUUAUUGAAUGAAUUCUACCUUUCCAAAAAAUGAAUGUAAAAUUUUAGAUUCCUUCACAACAGUCUUGACAUUCAGGUAAUGAUUUUCCCAAUUUAAUAAGAAGACCUUUUAGAACGAGCUAUUUCCUCAGUAGACUUCACGAACUGAGAAUCUUAUUUGUAGUUGGGUCAUGAAAUAGACGCUGACCUGUAAGUAUUAAAAAAUAUCUAUCCAGCAUGGGAUAUUGUGGGCUUUGUUCCAUACUAUAAAGUUUCUUUUUUAUAUCAGAGUUAUAUGUUAUAUGUUGAUUUACCUUCUGAGAGUAAUGCUUUGCAUGAUAAUAUUUCCCAUUUAACCCCUUGAGUGCCUCGCCAUUUUCACCGAGAAUGGCUGUCUAGUAUAGAACUUCAAAUACCAUAGGCAAGUUCACUUAAACUGCUGUUAAUUUUGUUGAGGUUGACAUAAUUUGAUAUAAAUAUCAUAUAGGCACCUGAGGGGAAAAAAUCAUGACAUUUGGAUGUGUCACAUAGGGACUCGAGAGGUUAAAUUCAGGAAUCUUAUAGUGAUGGCCAAAUGUUUGGUUUAUUGUUGGCAUUCUGGGAGAUCAGCCACAGGCUGAAAGAAUGGGCAACAUCUUGGCACCUUUGCAAAUGACAAUAUCAACAUGAUGCAUCCCUUUGUGGAAAGAAAAUUUUUAAUUGCUUAUUUCAUUACUCUCAGGUCAAUUACAUGUAUUGUAGGCUAAUUUAAGCAAGACUUCGGGUUUGCUUCAUUUGUGGCAUGUCACAGUCAUGCUGUGCGAAAGGCUUUUGUUGAUCCAGUCACAGGCAAAAAUAUUUUGGCAUUGUACCCAGGGUACAACUCUGUUGUUGGAUUGCUGGAAGAACAGCACUGAGCUGAAGGAAUAACCAACUAUUACAGUUUGAAAGAUAGUUUUGAACAACAAAUUUUGCCUUGUCACUAUUAAGUAGACCUGUUGCACUCUGUUUAGCAAAUAUGCAUCCUGUAGUGGUUGCUGCAAUAAAUAAAUCAAGCCAGUUUUCAGGGUUGUAAUUUAUUUAAUGUGUCAGUUGUUAGAAGGGUGUACCAGUUGAAUCCUGAAAUGGCCUGUGUGAGCAAACAUCAAGCACUCAGUAGUUCACCACCCAUCAGUCAUAAGAAUUUGUGUUAGUUCCUACAACUAUUUUAUUGUGGUUGCAGUGAAAAGCAUGAAAAGGGGAUGAUCUGUGGCCAGUCGAUCAUGUCCCUAGAGCCCAUGCAUUCCCGGUCAGCAGUGACUGAGUACUCUGUCUGCGCUGGACGAAAUCAAAAACUGGACCCAGAAAAUCCUGGUUCCAGUUUGGUUGUGUGGAUACAUCAAAGUCACGAAGAUGGUAUCUGAACAAGAGCUGACGUAAAUGCUAGCUCAACUUCAAAUUUUGCCCAGAGGUCUUGACUCUUUCCACUCACUAGGAAGACAAUAGCAUCUGGGAGACAGAAAGGUUUUGAUUCCCUGAGACUCUUGAUGUCUUGUCAAGGGGAACAUUGAGGGUCAAGGGAAACAAAACUCAUGGUUUCCCUUGGGGCCAACAGGUUCCCUAUGGGCCAGUCACUAAGUGUUUCAUUAUACCUCCCAACCCAAAGCUAGAACAACGUGCGAACAAAUUAUUUGCUUGACACUGAGUGGCACACAAAUCUGCUGUGGCUUCGAGGUGCCCUUGGGGCCAGCCAUAAAGUGUUUCAUUAUACCUCUCAACCCAAA